AGCUCAUCAAUUAUUAUAAACUUAUUCCAUGCAAUACAAAAUACUAUUAGUGUUAUUGGCAACUGCCAGUUGUUUCAAUUACCUUCCAGAAGUAGAAAUAGAUUUGAGUGCUCCUCCUAGACAAAGAUGGAAGGAGUCAGUCAGAACAGUAUUGACGUUAUAUGGAUAUGAAAAUUCAUUUGGACCAGUGUUCCAGUUUCACAAUGAAAAUACCUUCAAUGUUUUGGCUCCUGAAGAUUAUACAACAAUAGCAAAAGCAAUAAGAAGGAAUUUCCCAGAAUAUUCACUAGAAUUAGAAGGAAUUGUUGAAGAAUUCAAUAGACCAGAAGUUACAUUUGAAUAUCUGGCUGCUUGGGCAUACUUCCAUGAAAUCGGUCACAUAACAAGCGGUACUACUGAAUGCACUGGAGUGUUGUUAUCAUUUGGAGAUCAAAUAAUUCAUGGCAGAAAUAUGGAUCAAUAUCCAGGUUAAGCAAGAAAUAUCGUGUUACAUUUGACAAUUAAGAAAGAUGGAAAAUAUAUAGGAGAAUCAGUUGAUUGGUAUUGGUUCAAAGUUGGAUUUGUUACAUUGUUGAAAUAUAAUGUUGCAUCCCUUGAAGAGAAUUGGAGAUUUGGUGAUCCCUUAAGCAAAGAUCAGCUCUUGACUUUCAUUUAACAAGGAGUACCUUCAUUACCAUGGGCAUAUAGAGAAGUUUUAGUGAAUAAUAAACUCAAUACCUUUGAUUAGGUUGUAUCAUACCUUGAAUAAAACAGAGUAGCAUGCGCUCUUUACAAUGUCAUCGGAGGAACUGAAAAAGAUUAAGGAGUGAUUAUUUCAAGAGAUCCAUUCGAAACUUAUCCAACAAUAUCAUUAAGUAGUAUACCUUAAGGUUAGAACGGAUACAAGUACUUGGUUUAGACAAAUUAUGAUCAUUGGUUACCAGAUCCUUAAGAUGAUCAAAGAAGAACCAUUGCAGAAAAUUUGUUAGCAAAUAUGUAAAGUAAUCUAUUUAAUGAAUUUGGUGUCUACUCUGUUAUGGACACUUAUCCUAUACACAAUGAAGGAACUUUCUAUACAGUGAUCAUGAAUGCCAAAUACAAUAGAUUAAUAGCAUUUGGAUAACCAAGUAUCACAUUAACUGAUGAAUGAGAUAAUAAUAUAAAUGUGAUGAAGUCAUCA